AUGCGCCGCGUGCGAUAAAAAUAUUAUUACAUUCCAGUCGCUGGUCACCCUAACUUGACGUUUGCGUCAUUGAAAGUAUUCAUGGGUGCAGGCAAAGUUACUAUUAUAAUAUACAAUUUUAAGUUUUUACAAUAAAUGCUUGUAUUUGAAAUGAAAUGGAGGGAUCGAGUACUAAAGAGUCCCUCAACUGUGCCGGGUGCUUGAACAACAUUGGAGAAAAUGACUAUGUGUCAGCACUGGAACAAGAAUGGCAUACAGAUUGCUUCAGGUGCUCAGCAUGUGACUGCCUGCUAUCAACAUGGUACCAUGAGAAGGGUGGGCUGCUGUUCUGCCAGCAGGACUACUGGGCGCGCUUCGGCGAGCCAUGUCACCACUGCCGAAAGGUGAUGACGGGUCCAGUAAUGGCGGCCGGUAUACGUCAUUACCACCCGGAGUGCUUCGCGUGCAACACAUGCGGAACACCCAUCGAUGAUAAGGAGCCCUAUGCUGUUCAGCAGGAGCGGUUGUAUUGCUCCCCGUGCUACGCGCGCUCGGAGGCGGGCGCGCGCGCGCUGCGCGUGGUGCGGGCGCCGGCGCCGGCCGCCAAGCUCAAAGAUACGGAAGGGCGCUGCCGGCACAUGUCGGCCAUGGCGCGCGCCGUGCUGCGCGCCGCGCUCACCGCCUGCAUCCAGCUCACCUGCCAUAGGUUAGAUUCGUCUUGCGGUCUGCUGACCCUCCACAUCGGAGACCGCAUCCUGGAGAUCAACCCGCCGAGACCCAAGGACGAGCCAGAUAAAGUUCCGGACACAGUUAUACAGCUCACCAUAGAACCUCCCGAAACUCCAAUGUGCAACAUACAGACUGACACGGAGCCCUCGUUAGAGGGGGACGGCAAGAAGGAGCGGCUGUUCAAGAGGAAGGGAGACGGCGCGAACAAAAGGGUCAUUAAAAGGAGACAGCCGAGCUCGCCGCUGCUGUGCGACAAGGAGAAGAGUAGCAGCAUGUCGAAGCUGUUGGAUGCUGUUGAAGGCGAUCCAGAACCAACGGGUGUACUAUGUGACCUAUCGAGGGCUCGCUCAUUCCGGGCGGAGCCGCGGGACGUCACGCAGCGAGUUUUUCGUGCUUGCGAUUUAUUACAGGGCGAGCUGCUGGGCUCAGGGUUUUUCGGCGAAGUGUACAAAGUGACGCACCGCGACACCGGCGAGGUGAUGGUGCUCAAGCAGCUGUACCGGCUCGACGAGGGCGCGCAGAGGAACUUCCUCAAGGAGGUGGCGGUGCUGCGCUCCCUGUCGCACCCGAACGUUCUGCGGUUCAUCGGCGUGCUGUACCGCGACAAGAGACUGCAUCUGGUGACCGAGUACGUGGCCGGGGGCACUCUGUACAACCUCAUACAGGAUACUAGUACAGAGUUGUCGUGGACGGAGCGAGUCCGACUAGCCCGGGACGUGGCGGGCGGCGUGGGCUACCUGCACCGCAUGAACGUCAUACACCGGGACUUGAACUCGCACAACUGCCUCGUGCGCGAGGACAAGACAGUGAUCGUGGCGGACUUCGGGCUGGCGCGCAUCGUGCAGCGCACGGCCAGCAGCUCGCUCGAGCGGCACUCCACCUUGCGGAGGAAACGGUAUACGGUGGUGGGCAACCCGUACUGGAUGGCGCCCGAGAUGAUGAACGGGAACGUGUACGAUGAGAAAGUUGAUGUGUUCUCCUUCGGAAUUAUACUUUGCGAGAUAAUCGGGCGUGUAUCAGCUGACCCGGACUUCCUCCCCCGGCGGGCGGACUUCGGGCUCAACGAGCCGUUGUUCCUGGACAAGUUCUGCCGCAGCUGCCCGCCGCCGCUGUCCCGCGUGGCGCUGCUGGCUGCUCACCUCCGCCCCGGCCACAGGUACCCACAACGAGCCGUUGUUCCUGGACAAGUUCUGCCGCAGCUGCCCGCCGCCGCUGUCCCGCGUGGCGCUGCUGGCUGCUCACCUCCGCCCCGGUCACAGGUACCCACAACGAGCCGUUGUUCCUGGACAAGUUCUGCCGCAGCUGCCCGCCGCCGCUGUCCCGCGUGGCGCUGCUGGCUGCUCACCUCCGCCCCGGCCACAGGUACCCACAACGAGCCGUUGUUCCUGGACAAGUUCUGCCGCAGCUGCCCGCCGCCGCUGUCCCGCGUGGCGCUGCUGGCUGCUCACCUCCGCCCCGGUCACAGGUACCCACAACGAGCCGUUGUUCCUGGACAAGUUCUGCCGCAGCUGCCCGCCGCCGCUGUCCCGCGUGGCGCUGCUGGCUGCUCACCUCCGCCCUGGCCACAGGUACCCACAACGAGCCGUUGUUCCUGGACAAGUUCUGCCGCAGCUGCCCGCCGCCGCUGUCCCGCGUGGCGCUGCUGGCUGCUCACCUCCGCCCCGGUCACAGGUACCCACAACGAGCCGUUGUUCCUGGACAAGUUCUGCCGCAGCUGCCCGCCGCCGCUGUCCCGCGUGGCGCUGCUGGCUGCUCACCUCCGCCCCGGUCACAGGUACCCACAACGAGCCGUUGUUCCUGGACAAGUUCUGCCGCAGCUGCCCGCCGCCGCUGUCCCGCGUGGCGCUGCUGGCUGCUCACCUCCGCCCCGGUCACAGGUACCCACAACGAGCCGUUGUUCCUGGACAAGUUCUGCCGCAGCUGCCCGCCGCCGCUGUCCCGCGUGGCGCUGCUGGCUGCUCACCUCCGCCCCGGUCACAGGUACCCACAACGAGCCGUUGUUCCUGGACAAGUUCUGCCGCAGCUGCCCGCCGCCGCUGUCCCGCGUGGCGCUGCUGGCUGCUCACCUCCGCCCCGGUCACAGGUACCCACAACGAGCCGUUGUUCCUGGACAAGUUCUGCCGCAGCUGCCCGCCGCCGCUGUCCCGCGUGGCGCUGCUGGCUGCUCACCUCCGCCCCGGUCACAGGUACCCACAACGAGCCGUUGUUCCUGGACAAGUUCUGCCGCAGCUGCCCGCCGCCGCUGUCCCGCGUGGCGCUGCUGGCUGCUCACCUCCGCCCCGGUCACAGGUACCCACAACGAGCCGUUGUUCCUGGACAAGUUCUGCCGCAGCUGCCCGCCGCCGCUGUCCCGCGUGGCGCUGCUGGCUGCUCACCUCCGCCCCGCUGCCCGCCGCCGCUGUCCCGCGUGGCGCUGCUGGCUGCUCACCUCCGCCCCGGUCACAGGUACCCACAACGAGCCGUUGUUCCUGGACAAGUUCUGCCGCAGCUGCCCGCCGCCGCUGUCCCGCGUGGCGCUGCUGGCUGCUCACCUCCGCCCCGGACACAGAUGGGAAAUUGUGCAGCACAAGCUCGCCUGCUGGCCGACAUCGCGCAGUACGCGGCCGGCGGAGCCCCCAGCGCCGAGCUGCCGGGGCUGCACGAGGUGCUCAAGGUACCCUACCUCCUCAUUGUGCAGCACCAGCUCGCCUGCUGGCCGACAUCGCGCAGUACGCGGCCGGCGGAGCCCCCAGCGCCGAGCUGCCGGGGCUGCACGAGGUGCUCAAGGUACCCUACCUCCUCAUUGUGCAGCACCAGCUCGCCUGCUGGCCGACAUCGCGCAGUACGCGGCCGGCGGAGCCCCCAGCGCCGAGCUGCCGGGGCUGCACGAGGUGCUCAAGGUACCCUACCUCCUCAUUGUGCAGCACCAGCUCGCCUGCUGGCCGACAUCGCGCAGUACGCGGCCGGCGGAGCCCCCAGCGCCGAGCUGCCGGGGCUGCACGAGGUGCUCAAGGUACCCUACCUCCUCAUUGUGCAGCACCAGCUCGCCUGCUGGCCGACAUCGCGCAGUACGCGGCCGGCGGAGCCCCCAGCGCCGAGCUGCCGGGGCUGCACGAGGUGCUCAAGGUACCCUACCUCCUCAUUGUGCAGCACCAGCUCGCCUGCUGGCCGACAUCGCGCAGUACGCGGCCGGCGGAGCCCCCAGCGCCGAGCUGCCGGGGCUGCACGAGGUGCUCAAGUCCCCAUCGACAGUGACCAUCACUUCGACCCCCUCGAACCCCGGGCGCGCGCUGGGCAAGUGCGUGUCCGCGUCGCACAUCGGCGCGCCGCGCGUCGUCACCGUCACCAACCUGAGCCGCAGCCACAACACGCUGCACACGCCGGGCUACAUACUGAGACAGCGACCGGGCAACAUUGACAUCACCAAGGUACUACUCCGUCCACAUGACCAUCACGUCGCCCCCGGGCACGUGCGUAUCCGCGUCGUCACCGUCACCAACCUGAGCCGCAGCCACAACACGCUGCACACGCCGGGCUACAUACUGAGACAGCGACCGGGCAACAUUGACAUCACCAAGGUACUACUCCGUCCACACGACCGGGCAACAUUGACAUCACCAAGGUACUACUCCGUCCACAGUGACCAUCACGUCGCCCCCGGGCACGUGCGUGUCCGCGUCGUCACCGUCACCAACCUGAGCCGCAGCCACAACACGCUGCACACGCCGGGCUACAUACUGAGACAGCGACCGGGCAACAUUGACAUCACCAAGGUGGACGACAUCUCGCAGUGGCUGGACCCGCGGCCGCGCGCGGCGGGCAGCACGCCGGCCUUCCUGCGCAACCAGUCCGUGGAGGGGCUGGAGACGCGCGCCGAGCGCGAGCCCCCGCUGCCCUUCUGCCGGCACCACAGCAUCCCGGACCACUGCCAGGCUGACGGGCCGCUCAACGAUGAUGACUCCGACUCUUCGGAUGACGAUCUUGAGGAUAUUACGGAUUGGCACAGAAACGUCUCAACCGUCGGCACGUCGUUCAAAAAGCCCGAAAAAAUGGAAGUCGACCAACCCAAAAACCUCCUAUCAGGCAUCGUGAAGAAAGGUGAAAAUCUACUUAAGAAGAACAGCUACGAUGUCACCAACGUCACCCUGAGGAACCCGGACGAAAGGAAAAUACCUGAAGUUGAUUGUAGGAGAUUUAAUAUAGACUAUUUGAAUAAAAGUCCAGUUAUGGCUGUAGCUGUUAAAAACAUUCAAAAAGAAACGAAACCUGUUGAAAAAACUGGAUUUUUCACGAAGAAAUUACUGUCGCCUAAGUUUAGUAGGUUAUUCAAACCGAACACGGCGGAGGUGGUGCGGAGUAAGACAGAGAUGGAUGAGAAGGAGGAAAAGAGUCGGAGCAAGUUCUUUAUUCAGAGGCCGGCGUCGCCGAGCAACUUGUAUAGAGGGCAUCGCGUACGGCCUGUUGAGGAUAGCAAGGACAAAAAGGAGAACCACAUACUAAAGAGCGACCUAAAACUAGCAAGCCUGGGCAAGCCGAUGACGCCGACAUUCCGGCGCCACGCGCUGUCGGAGCGGCCCGACUUCGCCGACGGCCGCUUCAGCUGCCGCGACCGCAAGCCCCGAGACGACAAGUUC